AAACACAAUGUAGACGUCUCGAAAAUGAAAGUUGUGAAGCCGGUUUAAGAUGGAAAGUCCCAUAUUGUAAGAAUAAAUUAGUGUAAAACGGAAAAGCAGAUAUCAUCAACAUAAGGAGACACAUCUUUCUCGAAUCGUUCAAACCACAAGCUAAGUUUUUCCCAAAACUUGGGGAAAAUGGUCAUUAAAACAUUUCUGUGUUGCUUUAGUAUCUACGAAGGAUCAUGGGUCUGUGGAUUAUGCAGCUUGGUAAGAAAAGAAUUAUAUUUGUACCGCUUAUUUCCGGGUGAGUGGAUCGUCAGAGGUUCUGUAAUCUAAGAUAUAUGUAUGUUGGUUUUUUUCGCUUGUAGUUCAUCGGGACGGCAAGAGUUUAUCUUGAGGAGUUUAAUCUAAAGUUUCGCCAGCGGAUGACAUUGGAUACGAGAAACCAGCUGCGUAUCAACUUUAAAAGUAAGUUCUCUAAGAGUAUAAUUGCGAUUUUCAUUGUGCUCUUUGAAUCGUUUUAUAUUCAUUGAAUGAGAGUUUCAUUUCUCUCGUGUGGGCUCUGACAAAUAGCGCCAUGGACUUGCUAAUCAGGUAAUGACAAUGUCUAAUAUAAGGAGUUGAAAUUUUCGCAGUUUCAGCAGUUUAAUUUUCACUUCCUGUGCAUCUUCGCGCGACAAGGAACGAAACUGAAAUAAUCAUAAGGUAAAAGUAUAACGAAUCGACACAAAUUGCGACCUGCAAAAGCGUUAUCAUGUAAUACAAACCUUGGUUUUCUUUCCUCAAACAAGUAACAAGCUAUAGGCCAAAGGGAGAGCGUGGUGGGCUCUUUCUCAACGCGCCUGUGAAGCUGUGUUCAAAGAGAAUGUUGAUUUAUGGUCAGACUCAGUGUAUUGAUCUAUGCUACAAGUAGGCUGCACAAUAUUACAUCGUUUGUUGAUAAUCCUAGGUUACACUGGCCGUUAUGACGCAGCGUAUAUCCUAAUAAUAGUACCCCUAACUGCGAUAGUCAUUAAAUUGUUUCUCUGAUCGAGUAACAAUGUAAGCUUAAUCAAACGUGAAAAGCUUUAAGUGUAAAACUACAUAAAUAUGAAAUAUUUCUGUCGAAAACUUACUGAGGCGUUGACGCAAAGUGACUUUCCAAAGUUCCGGAAAAAAUACGCGUUCUUAUGAAUCAUUUUAGAUAGAGUCAUUACGUCUUCAGUGAAAUGAACCGAAAAAUUACUGGUGUACACCUUUGAGAAAUACUAACUGUGUUUAUCAAAUUUUUAUUCCUCCAUAGCUCUCCAGCUCAUAACAAUCCUUCAGUUGUCAGUGGCAGCGGUGUCCGUUUUAGUGUCACUAUUGAUGAUGUUUGGCCUACUUAAGGUUUACUCACUGAUUUCGCGUUUUAUCGACUAAUUUAAAACCUUUCACUCUCAAGAUCUCACCAUUAAUUCUCCUUACUGUCUGCCAUACAAUUCUCUUGACAUCAGUUUGGAGUAUUUGGUAUUAGAUCAAAUAAUAUUCCCCUAAUUUAUAUUUUUCUUCACUCUCAUCACUCGUCUGCUUGGUAUUGUAUUAAUGUUGUAAGGAGAACUCCUGUCUUGAUCACUCAUGGGAGUUAAAGUAUUUAGCGUCGAACGUUUGUCUUCUGUUGAAGUUCAAAUUCGACCUUUCGGAAAACAGAUGUUCGUGGUAAACUAAUAUCAUUUGUAAAUAACAUCUGUUUAGAAUAAAAAUGUAUGAAAGUCAAGUUGUCAAGCGCACGCCUCGAUUCAUUUAUAAAUGAACAACGAAGCGUUAUUGUGAAAAAAGAGGUAAUUUUUAUAGAUUAGAGACUUGAUAGACGUGUUACUGGUAAGGUGAUAUUAUGUACUUGAAUUUAUAAAAAUGUCAGCUGAAGGGGGGGAUUCUCAUUUGGUAAUACCCCAAAAGUUCUACUGAGAAAUACUGACAGAAAACCUGGAAAUGUGCGCUAAUUAUGUUUUUGGAAACAGACCCUCGUGCACUCAUGAUUAAGGUUUAGGACAUGUCGAUAGUUGUAAUUGAUUCAAUCGGAUUUUCAUCUAUUUCUUCAGCGCCUGAAGUGGCUACUGUGUCCCUGGUUGGUGUGGGUCUUGAUUGAGGAGCUUUCCUCCAUCUUUGUGAUUAUUUUUUAUGCGCUUUCCGAUGUCAAGGUAAGUGACCACGAAUCGUUGUCGUGAAUUGUGGGGGGGGAAAGGGAAGAGCAAGCAUUAAAUUUCCAACCAGUUUACGAAGCCCACCGGCGUGUGGUAAGAACUUCCUUCAGCAUGGCGUUAACUAGAGAGAGGGGGGAAUUACGUGAAGGUUUUCACACUGUGUAGGGUAAGCAUGCAUUUCUAGCUUCGUUACUUUCGUUUCCUUUGAAGGAGGUUGUCUUACGCACCUUCCAGGUCACUGUCCUUCACAAUAUAUUUCAAAGCCCGAUUUACUCAGACCUUAAAUGCUGUUAGACAUUGCUCUUAGAAAUCUGACAGAGCACUUGAUUGUCGUUUUAUUGCAGCUGAAAUGUUCCGUCUACAUAUCGGAAGCAAUCACACUUGUCAUCGCUGUAAGUAGAACAAAACUUCAUUAAUACGUACGAAGGGGAAAAAAGUUCAGCCCAGAAAGCUUUUGACGGCACAAUUUUUUCAAGCGAACCGCAAAAAUAAAAUUUACUUGAUUUUGCUUUCUUGAAACAAAAACAACAGCAACAAAAACAGAGAAAAAAUAAAAUUUUCUUUGAGCCUUUUUCCAUAACCAUUUCAUGUCCCUUGCUCAAUUAUGACUUCAAGUUCUCUUAGAGGCUGAAAAGUCAGUUUCCUGCAAUGAAAAGUCAAAUGAAUGAUAGACCCACCUGUUAAUGGAAAAUUGUUUUGUUUGUAUUCCUCUAUUUGACCAAAUAAUUGGAAAAUAAAAGAAUACAAGCCUUUCGAACAGAUGAAUCAAUCUCAAUAUUUUUUCAGAAAUAAUGAUUUUAACAACACAGGAACUUUGUCUUUUUCUAGGUGUAUUUCAUGAUGUGUGUUUUCUCCUAUUUCAAAUUUCUGAGACAACAAGACAUCAUCACUGAUCAGGUAGGAUUG